GCUACUCAAACAACCCACAAGCUUUGAUACUUCUAGUAAAAUGGCAAGAUCGGCAAUUCUACUAAUUUUGAGCAUCAUUUGUUUAGCGCAACAGCUCGUCACAGCAUUUCCCCGUCCCGAGGCGGAUAACGAAGAAGCAAAACCUGCCGAAAUUGAUUAUCGCACACUACUUCAAUCAUCACUUCUCGAUACAAUUGCACUCAUUCAAAAUCACACCAGUUUAAUAUUGCGGGAAGAGGGUCAAUUUGUUGCCGAUCUGCUAGCCGGAGUGAAUGAAAUACCCGAGAAAAGCGCUUACAUCCAAGAGUUUAUUUCCAAAUUAAAAAGUAUUCUAGAACGCAAGGAGAAAUUGGAUUUACAAGAUAUUUCACCAGAGGUUUUAAAUGAAAAAGCUGCUAUUAUAACGGCCAUUGCAGAAGUUUUUGAAGAUAUUAGCCGCAUAGCGCUAAGAGAAGAUGACAGCAGUGAAACUGUCAUGUUGAAAAAUGUUAUUUACAAAUUGGAUUUGAUCGGACUUAAUGAUCGCAUAAAAAAUUCAGAAAAAGAGGCUGUUCAAAAAUUUGAGGUGACAUGUAAGCGCUUGCUGAAUUCGCUAGGUGAGCAGGAGAGUAAAGAGCGUAAAGUUUUGAGUGAAUGGUUUAGCAAUUUCCAAGCAAAGGAGUCGGAUAUAAAGAAAUACGGAAGUUUUGUCGAGUUUAUACGCUUUGUGCAGGCCCUAAUUAUACAAAAUAUUUAA